AUGGGUUUGCCCGUCGGUGCAGUCAUCAACUGUGCAGACAACUCGGGAGCAAAGUCGCUAUACGUGAUCGAGCCAUACGGAACUGGCGCACGUCUGAAUCGUCUACCUGAUGCGUCGGUUGGCGACAUGUUCGUCGCAUCCGUCAAGAAGGGUAAACCAGAGCUUAGGAAAAAGACUAUGCCUGCCGUGGUCGUCCGACAACGCAAGGCCUGGCGUCGUCGUGACGGUGUCUUCCUCUACUUUGAAGACAACGCCGGUGUCAUCGUCAAUGCAAAGGGUGAAAUGAAGGGCUCUGCUAUUACCGGUCCAGUAGCAAAGGAAUGCGCUGACCUAUGGCCGCGUAUCGCCUCGAAUGCCGGUACCGUGGUAUAA